UUUUCAUGGGCUGCCCUGGGCAAGAGUCGGCCCUGCUUAGCACUGAUCACGAUUUCACUGCACUGAACGACACAACAGUCCAGGAAAGUAAGGCUCUGAGGACCUCUCCAUCCAAACGUAUCUUACGAAGACGCAAGAGAGAAUGGGUGUUCCCGCCGCUGUCUGUCCCUGAGAAUGGCAAGGGUCCCUUCCCUCAGAGGCUGAAUCAGCUCAAAUCUAGCAAGGACAGAGGCACCAAGAUUUUCUACAGCAUCACAGGGCCUGGGGCAGACAGCCCCCCUGAGGGUGUCUUCACCAUAGAGAAGGAAACGGGCUGGUUGUUGUUGAAUAAGCCACUGGACCGGGAGAAGAUUGCCAACUCUUUGGCCACGCUGUGUCAGAGAACGGCGCCUCCGUGGAAGACCCCCAUGAACAUCUCCAUCAUCGUGACAGACCAGAAUGACCACAAGCCCAAGUUCACCCAGGAUGUCUUCAAAGGGAGUGUCUUGGAGGGGGCACUGCCCGGUACAUCUGUGAUGCAGGUGACAGCCACAGAUGAGGACGAUGCCAUCAACACCUACAAUGGGGUGGUUGCUUACUCCAUUCACAGCCAAGAGCCAAAGGACCCUCCUAACAUGUUCACCAUCCACCGGAGCACAGGCACCAUCAGCGUCAUCUCCAGUGGCCUGGACCGGGAGAAAGUCCCUGAGUACACACUGACCGUCCAGGCUACCGACCUGGACGGGGAAGGCUCCACCACCACGGCAGUGGCCAUCGUGGCAGUCCUCGACGCCAAUGACAACGCUCCCGUGUUUGAUCCCCAAAAGGUAACGCCUCUUCCUUCCUUCCCUCUUCCUGCAUCAGCAAUGAAGGACAAGGGGUUUCCUUUCCAAUGAAACUCCAGGACCAGCUUAUGUUGCUUCAAUUCCAGCCCCACCACCUACGAGCAGUGUGACCUCAGGCAAACUCCCUAACCCAGCGGUUCUCAACCUGUGGGUCGCGAACAAUGAAAAUACAUCCUGCCUAUCAGAUAUUUACAUUACGAUUCAUAACAGUAGCAAAAUUACGGUUAUGAAGUAGCAACGAAAAUAAUUUUAUGAUUGGGGGUCACCACAACAUGAACUAUAUUAAAGAGUCGCGGCAUUAGGAAGGUUGAGAACGACCUCUCUGUGCUGCAUUUCCUCAUCUGAGAAACGGGGAUCAUGAUAACACCUGCUGCAUUGUUCUGAGUUUUAAAUGAAAUCAUCUGUGUAACACAACCCCUGGUGUAUAAGUCCAUAUGAGAAUCUUCGAUGAUAAAAAAACUUCUGACUUACCCGCCCACACAGUGAAUGCUUGUACAUUCCAGUGACAGAACUCGGGGCCAGUUGAGACGAUACCUAACUCCCUUCUGUCUUGAGGCAGCUUUGGCUGCAGAGCAUUACUUAAGGCUGAUUAAAGUUUGUUCCAAGCAGUUGACUUCCUAGUCGUUGUCAUCUGUUCUAGAACUUCCAAAAAAGAUCCCGGUCCCUGCCCCAGAGCACU